GGUGGAAGCAACUGGUUCCUACAGAUCUGACAUGCCAGUAAUUCUCUCUAUGGGUAAAAUAUUGCCCACCACGUGAUGAUAUACAAACAUUAAUGGUAUUUUUACACGUGGAAUUGCAGGUCGGCAUGAUAUUUGAGCAUAACUACAAGAAAUAAGUGACAUUUGAAAGUUUUUGAGCUUUUACAUCGAACAUGUCUUUUCAAUUUAAUUUCACUAUAGAAGAGGCUGAAAGCAGCUCCACUGAAUGUGAAUUAGAUCUGGAGUCCCAUCUUUAUUCUCCUGACAAUGUCAAAAAAGAAAUAUCAAAUACCGAUAAAUUGCUAGUCGAAAACAGUGAAGAACAACCAGUAUUAACAGGUGCAGUGAAUGAAACCAAACUAAUGAUAUCAUCUAGUAAAACCUAUAAUGAUUGCAGCAGCAGCGAUAGCCUUGCUGAAGAAAUGCCAGCAAGAACAGAGCCUGCCACAGAACACAAAAUACCAGUAGAUGUCAGUAGAGUUCUAGAAAAUAAAAUUCUUGAAAGUGUUUCAGGGCUGCAGUUUGUAAAUGUAUCUGUUGUGGAAAUGACUUUAUCAGAUAAAGAUUCUCUUUCUGAUAGCGUAGUAAGCAAAUCUAUUAAGUCCAAUUCUGAUCUUAUUCCAGGUGUUUAUGAAGGUGGUAUGAAAAUUUGGGAAUGCACUUUUGAUCUAAUAAAAUAUUUUGACGAGGAGGGUGUGUAUUUUGAAGGAAAAAGAGUUCUGGACCUUGGAUGUGGGGCUGGCUUGUUAGGAAUAGAAGCUUUAAAACGAAAGGCCAAAGAAGUGCAUUUCCAAGAUUACAACAGCACUGUAAUAGAAGAGAUAACUAUACCCAAUGUGCUGGCCAACUGUGACAGUGAUAACUGUAAUGAAUAUAUUAAAGAAGAGCCUGAUCGGAAAAAGUAUAAAAAGAAAGACGAAAAGACUGGGCUCCUAGCCAAAUGCCGUUUCUUCUCCGGGGAAUGGUCGCAGUUUAGAAAGUUAAUGCAAAAUGAAACACCUCCUGUGACAUAUGAUAUUAUUCUUACAUCGGAGACCAUAUAUAAUACAUCCUACUAUAGAACCUUGCAUGAGACAUUUGAGAAUUUAUUGACAAAAAAUGGGAUUGUGUAUCUGGCUACCAAGUCUCAUUAUUUUGGUGUUGGCGGGGGUGUUCAUUUGUUUGAGACAUAUGUCAGAGAGAGAAAAGUGUUCUGCACUAAAACUCUAAAGAUUUAUGAUGAUGGACUUCAAAGAUUUCUGAUUAAUUUGUCAUUGAAAAACAAUUUACAAGAGUAAUUGAACAUCAUUGGUGUGUUUUUUUUUCUUGAUAAAAAUGAGUUAUGCAGAAAAAUCCAAUUAUAGAUAACUUUUUUAAGCAUUUGAUAAUGUUAUAGAAUAAUGUGUGCUUAUUCUUGAAUCACUUAAUAUUAUAAAUGAAAAAUGAAAGUGUAACAUUUAAAGAACAUUAAAAAGUUGGAAAUGG